AUGUGCAUUUGCAGCGCAUUCUUAGGGAGUCAACCGGUUUUAAUGAUAAACGACCCGGAGCUAAUCACCCAGAUGAAUGUCACUGAUUUUAACAAGUUUGUUGACCGCAAUAAGUUUGUGUCCGGCAAUGGGUUUAACGAUAGAAAUAUUUUCAAUCUGAUCGGCGAUGAGUGGAAACAAAUGAGAUCUGUGAUAAGCCCCACCUUCUCAUCGGGCAAAAUGCGUUCAAUGCAUCCCAUAAUCAUUGAAGCGGUCAAGAGAUUAGAGGCAUAUCUGGCGACAAAAGCCGAGCGCAAAGAGGAGGUGUCGCUGAAAGCGGUGAUGAGUAACCUAACGAUGGAUGUGAUCGCCAGCUGUGCUUUUGGCACCCGUAUAGACACCCACACCGACGGCCACACCAGCGAGUUUGUCACUCAGGCCCAGCGGGCACUGGGCGGCAAUUGGCGGCUCUGGGUGUUUUUCCUAUUUACCUCGAUUUUCCCACAAUUACUCAAGUGGACCAAAUUCUCACCAAUUGACCCUGGUGUUGAGCGAUUUUUUCGCGACGCGGUCUCUUCAAUUGCCAAACGUCGUAAAUCUGAAAAAGUAAAACCACGUGAUUAUCUGCAGCUCUUGAUCGAAGCCCAGGACAGGGGUAACGGCGCCCACCCCUCCGGUCCCGACACUGACGACAAACUCGACACAAAUGCCGAACAGAUAUUUGCGGAAACGGGCGGUCAGGCGCUGACCGGCCAUAAGACGAGUCACCCAAUCAUAUCGGACGACGAUUUUGUCACAAACUCAAUGAUAUUCCUGACGGCAGGCUUUGACACGACCUCAUCGUUGCUGUCGUUCCUGUGCUAUGAGUUGGCCAUCAAUGAGUUGUGUCAGCAGAGGCUAUACGAAGAGAUCAAUAAGUUUUGCGAUGACAUUAACUACGAGACAAUCUCUCAAAUGCCGUAUUUGGAGGCCUGUGUGGCCGAAACACUACGGCUUUAUAACCCCAUCACUACUGUUGGCCGCAUUGCCGACGAAGAGUAUACAGUGGGCGAUACGGGUCUGACAAUACCAGUUGGUAUGUUUGUGGCCUUUGACUUACAUGUGCUGCACCACAGCCCGGAAUACUACCCUGAUCCCAUGCGUUGGGACCCUGAGCGUUUUAUGCCGGAAAAUCGUCACAAAUUAGUGCCCAAAACAUAUAUGCCGUUCGGAACGGGACCCCGAAAUUGUGUGGGAAUGCGAUUCGCGCUGAUGGAGGCCAAGACAGCUAUUGUACAGUUGGUCCGGCGGUUCCGAUUCCGGCGCUCUGUCAACACUACUAUUCCCCUGAAAUUCAAAAAAUUCAACUUUAUUUUAGACGCGGAAAAGGAUAUCAAAAUUGAAAUGAAAAUUAGAGAUUAGAAUUAAAAUUAUUUGUUGUAAAGUACUGUAAUUAAAAUGUAUAAAUAAU